AAUAGCUAAAUUGUCAUCACUGUAUUAAUUAAAAAGUUAGCGUGUUUGUAAGUUUGCUGUGCCUUUUAACUAAAUUUUAUUAUUUAUAAUUUUUGUUAAUUUAUUUGUGCUGAACAUAAAUUUGAUGGCUUUUCCUACACUAGGAGCACAACAAGAAACUAAUCGAAAAAUUCUGGAAGAUUUACAAAUAAAGCGACAACUUUUACAAAAAGGUGUUAAUCCAGUGGCGGAUAUUAAUCUUGGUACCGGUCUCACUACCCCCCUUAAUCAGAUGCCCACUACGCAGUUGUUGGGUCAACCAACGGAUUUUCCACAGACCAGCAGUGCCAUCACGGUACCACGCUCUGUCUUUAAUCCCACAAGUGCUACUACCUUGGGCUAUUUUAUUAGUCAGGAUUCGCAUUACGGCAACUCAUUUAUACCUGUCUUGCCAAGAUUAGAUCCAAUACCGGCCAAUCAUACCGCUAAAUAG